AUGGCGAAUCCCGCGUUUCAGGGAGGUCCCUUGCCCCACGAGCUAGACGUGCGGGGAAUGCUGCAGCUGGCGAGGCAGAGGGUGGACGAGGGGCAACCCUCCGCGGCCCUGCAACUGGUGAGCAUUUUGUGCCCUGCAGGGAACCAUCACAGCUCCCCCCGCCCCUCUCCCCUCGCCCCACGGGAUGGACGUGCGGGAAUGCUGCAGCUGGCUCGACAGAGGGUGGACGAGGGACAACCGACCGCUGCCCUGCAACUGAUCAUAGCAUUGCUGAGAGAGCAGGGCGGGAAGGCAGCAGUGCUGGCAACAAUGUGUUUUCGAGGUGCCUCAAAAACAGAGUCCUGCCUCCCUGCCUCCCAUCCUCCGCCCAACCACCCUCAGAUCAUAGCAGUGUUGAGAGCGCAGGGCGGGGAGGCAGCAGUGCUGACGGCACUAACUCAAGCCCGAGCCAUGCACCACAACCAGCAGCAGAUGCAGCAGCUACAGCAGGGAGCUGAUGACAUCACCGCCUUGCUGGCACGCUGCGCCAUCGGCAGCGCUGACGUGGCAGUGCCAGCUGGCACCGGGCAGAUGGCGGCGGGGGGGAGUGCGAUGGCAUGGGGAGGCGGAGACGUGGGUAUAGGAGGGAGCGGCAUGGGGAGCAACAGCAUAGGAGAGCAACGUGGGGAAGGAGCAAUGAACGGGGGAAUGGAAGGAGUAGACGGAUAUGCCUUCCAUUCUGGGUAUGGAUCAACACAGUCAGCAAGGUAUGGAAUGCAAGCAACAGCAGCAGGCUAUGGGAUGGAUCAAGCAGGGAGGCAAGGGAUAGACCCAGCAGCAUAUGGGAUGGAGUCAGCAGGGAGGCAUGGGGUGGAUGGAGAGGCGAUACUGGCGGAGCAGGGGCGCAUGCAGGUGGUGACGGAUGCAGCAGCGGACGGCAGCAGUGUGACGUGCAGCAUUUGCCGGGGGGUGAUAAGUGGGGCACGGUGGAAGGAGCACGUGCAGUUCUGGUGCAGAGCCGCUGUGCACGACCCCCAGGGCAUGGUGGAAGGAGAGGAGCACGUGCAGUUCUGGUGCCGGGCUGCUGUGCUGUGCACGAUCCUACGGGUGCGAUCCUAUGGGUGCGAUCCUAUGGUAGUCUUUCUCCUCGACUUCACUCGUUUGGAGUGCGAGGCAGGCAUUAAGGGGCAUGUGUUAGAGCAUAUGGAAUGGCUGCCUGUGCUGGGGGGUGGUCAGUGGGGCGCGGUGGAAGGAGCACGUGCAGUAGCCGCUGUGCACGACCCCUUGGAGGAUAGUACCAGCCUUUCGCCGUGA